AUGUCCCCACGGAAACUUCCCGGAAAUCUCCGGCUCCGAGCCUUAAUCGCCAAGCACGAAACUUCGCCGAGGACUCAGCCGGCUGCCCUCCUCCUCGUUUUUCUCCGGUUCCAGCCUAUGGAGAUCAAUUGAUGUCGCCGCACCACCAGCUUGCCAUUGCCAAUGUCCUUUUCAGAACCUAGCUGUUCAGACACGUAUAUAUAGUACCCUUGUGUCCGCUUCGCUUACCUUGCACCCAUGUUUUCAGUUUCGGUUUCCCACGAGAGAGUGUCCGUUGGGGCUACAGCGCAGAGCUCCGGCGCCAUGUUUCAGUUCUUGGCCUCCUGUCUUUGGUUACUCGAGAUUGGCUUCGCUCAACCUACAGGUGACUUGGCUUUUCACUUAUCAGGAUUCAGGGUCUCGGUGGCGAAUGAGACUAUGAGAGCAAGGUGGCUGGAGACAUAGAUGCAGAAGUUGGUUGGUUCGGUGAUCAUGGAUUCAUGGCAGCUUGUUGAGAGCCCUGGACCGAGCGUGCAGCUUGCUAGUAUCACUUGUCGGCAUCUUGUUGGGUGCUUCCAUCCCUGAUAGUUCGCAAUGGAGACUGCGCAGUGCUUCGCCCAAGACACCUCAGGUACUUAAUUUUUUUUUUGAAGGUCAGGUACUUCAUUGAGAAAAAGCAGGUUUGCAGUUUAAGAGAUUCCAAAGAGGUUCCAUUCAAGUCCGAGCAUUAGAGGGGUUUUCGGGGUGGAAGAUGGUUCGAGCAUGGAGCAAGCACAAAGGCACAGCCGCACAGGCAAGGGAGCAGCGAGCAGCACCGAGACUGGGAUUCAGUGUCAUAUAUACUGGGCAGUGGCACCGACCUUCUCGGCUACUGCUUCCCACUUCCACCCCUUUGUUGGAUUGAUCUCGGAACGGUUCAAACCGAACCGUGACCGAGUAGGAUUCGCGCCCUGAUCGGGGGCGUGGCCUCACCCUUCUAGGUCGCGGCCCCGGUCACCAGUGCGCUAUAAAAGAAGGCCCAGCGGCCGGCGCAGAUGCCAACGCGUCCUGGGCGUCCGCAAAACCCUAGCCUACACACACCAGAGGGAUCCGAUCUCCUAGCGCACCGAGUGAUCGGAACCACCGCCGCCAUCAUCUCUUCCCCGACCCGGAUGGCUGAUCUAGCAACAACGCCGUCGACCACCCUGAACCCGGUGGCCGACCCCGCGUCCAGCGCCCUCGCCCAGCAGGAGGAACAAAGGAGAAGAGAAGCGGAGCGGGCUGUAGAGGAGCGCCGCGCCAAGGAGAACCAGGACAAGCUCGACCACGACAACAGGCUGCCCAACACCGUUGCCCCCAUGGCACCGGCCGCGCCCGUCAUCAACCCCGAAGGUUUUAAUGCUGCGAUGAUCCUCAAUCAUAUGAGGACGAUUGAUCCGCUGAAGGGGACCAACAAUCCCGCUUGGCGAAAGGAGAUUGACAUGCUAUUGACUUUAGCUGAUUUGGAUUACUCAAUCCAGAUUGACAGACCCACUGAGCCUCAGAUGGGCGAUCAUCUAUACGAUGAGAAGAUGCUACAUUAUAGCAUCGAGAAGAAAAAGUGGGAGUUUUCAAACACCAAGUGUUUGAAGAUUGUCAGACACCUCAUAGAUGACUCCAUUGAGGGGUCAAUACCAGAGUGCACUACUGCCAAGGAGCUUCUGGACAGACUGAGGUCUCAAUUUACCGGAUCCUCCAAGGCAUAUGCUAGUGCUUUGGUAGACGAUUUCACGAACAUGAGGUGUGACAGUUCUGGAGUGAGAGCUUAUAUCCAGAAGAUGACAAGUACUGCUGCCAAGCUGAACAAGUACUUAGGCAAGGAUUUGCCUGAGGAAUUUGUGGUGCACAUGAUCAUGAAAUCACUUCCAAAAGAAUAUGAGACUUUUCAUGUGCACUACAACACCACUAUCAAGGACAGAUGGACGAUUGACCAGCUGAUGGCACAGUGCUUGCAAGAAGAGGAAAGAUUGAAGAGCCACAAGGGUGACUCUAUCAACUAUGCCUCGAAUCAGCUAAAGAAAAUGAACAAGAGCUCCAAGCCAACCUUCAAGAAAGGACCUAAGGGCGAUGAAGGACAGUCCUCCUGCAAGGCUCCAGCCCUCAACUACAACCAUGGCAGAGGGGUGAACCUGAACAAGUUCUUCCCUGUGCCUGUCGACACUUGCUUGUACUGCAAGCAGAAGGGGCACUACAAGAAGGACUGUCCCGACUACUUGAGGUCACUCCUCAAGAGAGAUGAAGGGCUUCAGAACAAGAAGGAUGCUGGAAAAGGGAACAAGAAGCGUUAGAGUUGCUAAUGGAAAAGAAGCUGCAGUCAAAGCCAUUGGAGAUCUUUCUCUAGAGUUAGAUAAUGGUUUUGUACUCUUAUUGAGAGAUGUUUUAUUUGUUCCUUCUUUAAAGAGGAAUUUGAUUUCAGUCUCUAGACUUGAUGAUGAUGAGAUACAUUGCCAUUUUGGGGAUCAUAAAUGUGUUAUUCGUUGUAAUAACAAAGAUGUUGGUCUCGCCAUCCGACGAAACAUGCUUUAUUUGCUUUCCCAA